AUGGAUCCAAUCUCUAUCACUGGUCUUGUGAUAGAGGUCAGUCAUGUGCUGUCGAGCUUGGUUCGAUAUGCCAAAGCAGUGCAGACUGCAAAAUCCGAAGUGCGAAAACUCACCGAAGAACUCUUUGCUUUAAAAGGGAUUUUGGAACACUUGGCGGCACAGAUAGAUGAUAUCCCCAAAUGGCAGGAAUCAGAGGCAAGCCAAUUUGAUCGAGAUGUCAUGGCAAGAGUGCUGCAUACAACAAAUGAAUUCCUUCAAUCUUUGCUCAUGGGCUUGGAGGUGUCCGAGACCAAGUUUAAGCGCCUUAAGCAAACUCUGAAAUGGCCUUUUACUCAGACGGAAGUCAGCGAGCAUCUGAUCCGUCUCGAAAGAGUCAAAUCGUGGUUGAUACUGGUUCUUAUUGCAGAUCAUAAAUCGGUGGAUCGGGAGAUGCAGCAUGAGAUUCGUGAUCUGACAAACACAUUGAGAGAAGACUUGCAGAUUCGAGUACAAGAGCGGAACAGAUUAGCAAACAGAGAGCUACUGCAAUGGAUAGCUCCUGUGAACCCCGAAAGCUCUCAUCUACGGGCCUCAGAAAGACAUAGGAAUGGGACUGGUAGAUGGUUUGUCGACGGUCAUUUGAAGACGUUCCUCGAUCAAGACGAACGUCGAGCUUUCUUCCUCGUAGGAAAAUCCGGAACUGGAAAAACCACACUGUUUGCACAAGUUGCCAACAAGCUUACUUAUAUGGCUUCCCAAGGUCAAUCCAUAUAUCCUGCUUACUUCUACUGCACCAUUAGCGAUUUUGCCUCUCAGGAUGCAAGAAAUGUUCUAGGAUCACUUGUGGCACAGCUUUCGGGGAUAGUCCCUUCAAUAUUGGACGAGGUCAGGUCUAUCUACAACAAAGGCCCAAAGAAUCAGGCACACAGGUUCCCUAUCGAAUUACCUGUGCUCGAAGCUGCCAUCGUCAAGUCCGCCUCCGAGAAGACAAGGGUUGUCCUUUUGGUUGAUGCAAUCAACGAAAGCCAUGAUAUGCAGCUUCUUGAAGCUUCCCUUCUCAAGCUUGCCAGUCUGUCCACGAACAUCCGCGUGCUUAUAACUACUACAAACACCAUGAGUUCCAUCAAGCACGACAAUGUAUCUGUUUUGAACAUAAGUGGAAAGUCACGAGGGGAUAUUGAUGCCUUUGUCAAAUACCGACUUGAAGCUGAUGACACGUUGAGGAAUCUGGCACCGGAGUUUCAAGCGGAAAUUGAACACACUCUUUGCCGAAAUGCCGACGGAUCAUUCCGCUGGGUUCAGCUCUCAUUGGACAACCUGAGCGCGCAGCGAUCUGUAAGGGCGAUGCGACAGGCCUUGAAGAAACUCCCAAGUACUUUACGCGAGACAUAUGCAAAUAUGUUGGAAAGAAUUGCCCCUGACGACUGGAAGAUUGCCCGCGAGGCCCUCUUUUGGCUCAGCUUCACUAAAUUGCCUCUUAAUUUGAGAUGUCUUAACGAAAUCGUGGUCGUGGACGAGACAAGCAUGACACUGGAUGAGGAUAUGAUGCUUGUUCCUCCGCAUAUUCUUCUUGAAAUAUGUCAAGGACUCAUCACUGAGGACCCGCAUGGCUGUCUUAAUCUCGCGCAUGCGUCUGUGAAGGACUUCCUAACGUCUGAUUGGAUUCGCUCAUCUCGAGUCCAAUAUUUCGCUCUAGAUCCUAAAACUGCAGACCUGAAAGCCAUGCACAGCUGUCUCACGUACCUGUGUCUCGAUAAUUUUGCACAAGGAUACCUGGCAUGCCCCGAAAACCCAGCCAAGCUACGAGAGGAUCAUCUUUUCAUGUCUUACGCCGCAAACUUCUGGCCCCAACAUGGUGGCGCUUGCGGUUUUGGGGAUCCCAAACAAGAUAUGGUCCAUAAAUUCUUUGCCACGAGAUCUCUUCCUGGCCGGGGCAACUAUGGAACGUGGAUGCAGACGUUGCUCCGAACAACCGCUGGUUCAAAUACAAACGAUGCUGUGGCCAUUGACAAAACGCAUCCUCUCUACUAUGCUGCCUCGUUUGGUAUGGUUCCAGUUGUCAAGUCUAUUCUCGCUUCCGAGCCAGAUAUCGACAUCAAUGCUCCUGGUGGCCGGAUCGGAGCCACAGCAGUAUGGAUUGCUAGUCUUCGCUUCAAUUUUGAAGUUGUGGAUAUCCUCCUGCGUGCUGGGGCUGAUCCAUCAAUUCGGGAUCCAGGGAGUGGGCUGAAUGUGCUUGAUCUUUUAAGGAUGGUACCGACCCGUCACCGAAGUUACGAGGGUCUUCGGCCCAUUUUAGCUCGCCCAGCACCUUGGAAGGUGUUAGAACGCGAAGAGACGAGAAAAAGGAUUGAAUCUUACAAGCAAAUAGGGAGCCAGCUAAAUAGUUAG